AAUUGACAAGAAGCUAAAUAUAGGAGGGAGAUGGCGAUCCUUCAGUUUCCUUCGUACUCCGCCAUUUUCUCUUCUUCCACUUCCCCUGUUCUCUCUCUCUCUCGUUGAAGAAAAAUGGCAUCCCACAUUGUCGGAUACCCACGCAUGGGUCCCAAGAGGGAGCUCAAGUUUGCCUUGGAGUCAUUCUGGGACGGAAAGAGCAGCGCCGAGGAUUUGCAGAAGGCUGCUGCUGAACUCAGGUCCUCCAUCUGGAAGCAGAUGGCUGACGCCGACAUCAAGUACAUCCCCAGCAACACGUUUUCUUACUACGACCAGGUGCUCGACACAACCGCCAUGCUCGGUGCCGUCCCUCCGAGGUAUGGAUGGAACGGUGGCGAGAUCGGGUUUGAUGUUUACUUCUCAAUGGCCAGAGGAAAUGCCUCUGUCCCUGCUAUGGAAAUGACCAAGUGGUUCGACACUAACUACCAUUACAUUGUUCCCGAGUUGGGUCCGGAGGUAAAAUUCUCGUAUGCAUCUCACAAGGCUGUGACCGAGUACAAGGAAGCUAAGGCGCUUGGAGUAGAUACUGUUCCGGUUCUUGUUGGUCCUGUCUCAUACUUGUUGCUUUCGAAACCUGCUAAGGGUGUUGAGAAGUCAUUUUCUCUUCUCUCCCUUCUCAACAAAAUCCUUCCCAUAUACCAGGAAGUCAUCUCGGAGCUCAAGGGAGCUGGUGCUACUUGGAUCCAAUUUGAUGAGCCACAACUUGUUAUGGAUCUUGAUUCUACCAAGCUCAAAGCUUUCACUGAUGCAUAUGCUGAGCUUGAGUCAACACUCUCGGGCUUGAAUGUCCUUAUCGAGACCUACUUUGCCGAUAUCCCUGCUGAAACUUACAAGAUCCUUACUUCAUUAAAGGGUGUGACUGCUUAUGGUUUCGAUUUGGUCCGUGGAACCAACACACUUGAUUUGGUCAAGUCUGGUUUCCCGAAGGACAAGUAUCUGUUCGCAGGUGUGGUCGACGGAAGGAACAUUUGGGCCAAUGACCUUGCAUCCUCUCUUAAAACCUUGCAGGAGCUUGUAGGGAAAGACAAGCUUGUUGUCUCUACCUCAUGCUCUCUUCUCCACACAGCUGUUGACCUUAUCAACGAGACAAAGCUGGAUGACGAAAUCAAGUCCUGGCUUGCAUUUGCUGCCCAGAAAGUUGUUGAGGUUAACGCUUUGGCUAAGGCUUUGGCUGGCCAUAAGGAUGAGGCCUUCUUCUCUGAUAAUGCCAUGGCUCAGGCUUCAAGGAAAUCCUCUCCAAGGGUUACCAACGAGGCUGUUCAAAAGGCUGCUGCUGCUUUGAAGGGCUCUGACCACCGCCGUUCGACAAAUGUCAGUGCUAGGCUUGAUGCUCAGCAGAAGAAACUGAACCUCCCGAUCCUCCCGACGACAACCAUUGGGUCUUUCCCUCAGACCGUUGAACUCAGGAGAGUCCGACGUGAAUACAAGGCUAAAAAGAUCUCUGAGGAGGAUUACAUCAAGGCCAUUAAGGAGGAGAUCAAGAAGGUUGUCGACCUUCAAGAAGACUUGGACAUUGACGUUCUUGUCCAUGGAGAACCAGAGAGAAAUGAUAUGGUUGAGUACUUUGGAGAACAACUCUCUGGUUUUGCUUUCACUGUCAAUGGUUGGGUGCAAUCUUACGGAUCUCGGUGCGUGAAGCCACCGGUCAUCUACGGUGACGUGAGCCGUCCCAAGCCAAUGACGGUCUUCUGGUCCUCCACCGCUCAGAGCAUGACUUCUCGUCCAAUGAAAGGAAUGCUUACAGGUCCUGUCACUAUCCUCAACUGGUCCUUUGUCAGAAACGAUCAACCAAGGCACGAAACCUGCUACCAGAUCGCCUUGGCCAUCAAGGAUGAAGUGGAGGAUCUCGAGAAGGCCGGGAUCAACGUGAUUCAGAUCGACGAAGCCGCUCUUAGAGAAGGGCUGCCGCUCAGGAAAUCCGAGCAAGCCUUCUACUUAGACUGGGCUGUCCAUUCCUUCAGGAUCACCAACGUCGGUGUCCAGGACACGACCCAGAUACACACACACAUGUGCUACUCCAACUUCAACGACAUCAUCCAGUCCAUCAUAGACAUGGACACUGACGUUAUCACCAUCGAGAACUCACGCUCAGACGAGAAACUCCUGUCUGUGUUCCGAGAGGGCGUGAAGUACGGGGCGGGUAUUGGUCCAGGAGUGUACGAUAUCCACUCUCCGAGGAUACCCUCGACGGAGGAAAUGGCGGAGAGGAUCAACAAAAUGCUGGCGGUGUUGGAGAAGAACAUACUGUGGGUGAAUCCUGAUUGUGGUCUCAAGACACGCAAGUACAAUGAAGUGAAGCCUGCACUCAAGAACAUGGUCGAGGCAACUAAGCUUAUCCGCUCUCAGCUUGCUUCUGCCAAGUGAGAUUCACAUAAACACCAUUGAAUCUUCUUCUUCUUAUUGCUAUCAUUAUAAUAACUCGUGAUUUUUUUCUCUCAUGAUGAUGAGAUGAGAUGAGAUUGUUACGUGCUCUGUUUCAAGGCGAUUUCAUUUUUGUAAUAACUUGACGUAAUUUUUGGAGAUGUAUUUAUGAUAUGUCGGACGACGUCGUUUCAAUCAAUUGGAAAAAAUUAGCAAAAUCA